UUAACUUUACUUACGACACACUAGUCGCUAAUUCCAUCAUGGCGGCGUCCACAGACAACGCUGAUGGUUCGAUGUCGGGCUCAGUCUCGACUGAUUCGAGCCAUGGGCUUACCCCAUUUCAGUACAGUACCAUCAUGGAACACCUAAUCGGAGAAAAAAGACAAAUAAAGGAGCUAAACCCCACCGUAAUGGGUGGCCUUCCGACCCCCCAUAAGACUGAUGAGCAGAAGAUGAUCGAACGGGGGAUGGAGAGCUGUGCUUUCAAAGCAGUGUUAGCCUGUGUAGGGGGGUUUGUCCUGGGAGGCGCGUUUGGUGUGUUUACUGCAGGCAUCGAUAUGAACGUCGGAUUCGACCCCAAGGAUCCAUUGAAGACACCGACAGCUAGAGAAGUGCUGAGAGACAUGGGACAAAGGGGCAUGUCGUAUGCCAAAAAUUUUGCUAUUGUGGGCGCGAUGUUUUCUUGCACCGAGUGCUUGAUUGAAUCACACCGAGGCAAGUCUGACUGGAAAAAUGCUGUUUACAGUGGCUGUGUAACUGGGGGAGCAAUCGGAUUGAGAGCUGGGCUCAAGGCUGGAGUGCUUGGCUGUGGAGGUUUUGCGGCCUUUUCUGCUGCAAUAGAAUACUACCUACGAUGAUCACCACCACGGGACUCUUUGACUCUUAGCCAGAAUUGAUGGCGACGAAGGGAUUGUGUAUAGUGUAUGGAUGGACUACCUAUAGCAGGGGUGUCCAAAAAGGGUCAGUGUGGGUGCAUCAUGUUUGUUUCAUCCCAGUACUGACAACACUGAUUCAAUGGAUUAACGCAUCACGGUCUUCAGUGAAGACCCUGGUAUAUCGAAUUGGGGCUAAAAAAAAAAAAAAAGCCUGCACCCACACCGGCCCUUUUCAGCUAAGAUUGGACACCCCUGUACUACAGGGACCAGAAGGCUCUUGACUGAUGUUGUGUGUUGUCACGAAGGACUGUAUAUAGAAACAAGGCUUCUACUCAUGGGAAGCCUCUGAGCCAUAAUUAAAUCAAGUCAGUUUCUUUGAUCAAACUCAGCUCUUGGAGUUUACCAUAUAUGUGCAUAAACCCUGCCCUGCUGGACCGUGCCCCUCGAGAGCUGUGGUAUAAAAUAUGGAUUUUUCAAAUGAUUUGUUCAAUAUUGUAAAAUCAAUGAGUGUAUUAAACAAGUUAUUGUAAUGGCAAUAACAUUUUAUAACUCAACUUUCUUGCCAUUUGUGGUUAUUAAACAAAGUUCUGAACUACAGUGCCCCUCCAAAAUCAUUUACCCCUUGGAUAAAGAUGAAGAUUGAGUUCAACUUUGCAGAUUUGUUUUUGUUGGAUGAAAUUAAAAUAUUAGGUGUGAAUAA